UUCUGGGGUAGCGGGUCAUUCCUCUUGCUGAGCUUCUAGGCUCAGCGAAGAAGGUAGCUCGGCGUGGGCGGCAGCAUUUUGCCGCCGCCACCAUGGCGCUGCGGAGCUGUGUCCGGCCGCUGUUGUUGAGUGUCGGUGCUGCCGCCAGGCUCCGUGGGGCCAGAGAAGGUCUUCGUUUCACAUCUGCUAAAGCCAGCUUCGAAGUUGCCAGCACGGAGGUAGACACGAGGGAAAACGAGGUUGUUGCCCCGAAUUUCACCAACCGGAACCCUCGGAACCUGGAGCAGUUGGCACUCGCCAGGAAGGAGCGUGGCUGGGAAACAAGCUGGCCCAGUAGAGAGUUUUGGCGUAGGUUACGGUUUGAACGGACACAGCAGUAUGUGGAAGCCUUUGUUGAAGAUCCCAGGGGUAACGUUAUUGUCUUGGCCUCUACCCGGGAGUGGGCUAUAAAAAGACAUUUAUACAGCCCUAGGGGUGUGGUAGCAUGUAAGAAUAUUGGACUUGUGCUGGCACAACGCUGUCUGGAAGCAGGAAUCAACUUUGUGGAAUUCAAAGCUGUUGUCCCUUGGGAACGCCACUCUGACUCGUUCCAGGGUUUUGAAAAAGCCAUGACAGAUGGUGGUGUUGUCCUGCGGGAGCCACGAAGAAUCUAUCAAUAAUAUGGAGACUGCUGGAGAAAGUUCUUGUGAAGGAAAAUCAACAGUCAUGUAGAAAAGGGCACUGGAGAAAUUAAGGUCCAGAGCUUGAACAAAUUGGAGGAUAGUAUCUUAAAAUAAAGUUUUAUUUCAUAGAAC